AUGCAUAGCAACACGUUUUUCAAUUCCAAGGUCCUAGUGACCCUAUUGGCCACUGCGCAGCUCUCCAUAGCUGUCCCAUCCAGAUUGGAGAAUCGACAGAAGUCUCCAACCUGUCGUUACCUUCCUGGUGAUGCUGGAUGGCCUAGCGCUCAGGCGUGGGACAAACUGAACAGCACCGUUGGGGGAAAAUUGCUGCAUGGCAUCCCCUUCGGACAUGUUUGCUACGGGUCUUCUCCCAACGCCGCGGCCUGUGCCCAGGCCAAAGCUGACUGGGAGGAGCUUGACCCUUUCUUGGCGGACCCGGUCAACGUGAUCUCGUCUUACUUCGAGAACACGACGUGCAGCCCCUUCUAUGGCCCCCUUUCUACCAACUCAGAAUUCAAAAGUCUCACUUGCUCCCAGGGGCCCAUUGCCCCUUAUGCAAUUGAUAUCUCGGAUGCGGCCUCUGCAGUGGCUGGUGUUAAUUUUGCUCGUGAAAACAAUAUCCGACUCGUCAUCAAAAACACUGGCCACGACAUCUUGGGCCGCUCGCUUGGGCAGGGCGCUCUCUCUCUCUGGACACACAACCUAAAAGGUUUCCAAUUCUUGACUUACAAGAGUCAGAAUUACACUGGUCCUGCCGCCCGAAUUGGAGCUGGAGUGCAAGUCUUGGAAAUGUAUGAGGCUGCAGCAGCACAGGGCUAUCGUGUGCUAGGUGGAGGAUGCCCAACAGUCGGUGCCGCCGGCGGUUGGAUUCAAUCUGGCGGUCACGGUCCAUUGGGAUCUACCUACGGAUUGGGCGCCGACCAUACGCUGGAAUUUGAGGUGGUAACGGCUGAUGGACGACACCUCAAUGCUUCGCGCUCGGAGAACUCCGAUCUGUUCUGGGCACUUAGCGGUGGCGGCCCUAGCAACUUUGCCCUUGUACUCUCGGCUACUGUGAAGGCGUUCCCGGAUGGGCCUGUUGCAGGUUCGACCCUGACAUUUACCGAAAGCGACUCUACCAAGUAUUGGGCUGCAGUCGAGGCGUGGGAGAAGCAUUUGCUGGUACUCGACACCAUUGUGGGCUUCCAGACCAGCGUCACGCUAUCUUCGGGUGUCUUCUCGCUAGAUUAUGCCACCCUCCCGGAUGCAACGGCAGAAGAUCUUACAAAUGCCAUGGAACCCUUCUUACAGGAACUCAAAACUCUGGGUAUCACGCCAACUAUCGAUACCAAAGCGCACGACAAUUUCAAGAGUCAUUACGACUACUUUGAUACUGCCUCUUACAGCCGUAACGUCACUGUGGGCAACAGAAUCAUUUCCCGAGAUCGGGUACGCAAUGAUACGUGGCUUCCUGAACUGAGCUCGGUAUACAAAGAUAUUUUGGCUACCCCAAACAGCGUUGUAUUCAUCAUCGCCUAUAACGUGACACACGCCCGCGCCGGUAAUGCUCCCGGAAGCAAUCCCGUAAUUCAGGCUUGGCGAGAUUCUCUCUUCAUUGUCAACUUUGCUCUGCUCAACGACCCCGAAGCGUCGUAUGCCGAUUUGGCUGCAGAUCUUGCUCUAGCCAACAAGUGGCAGGAGGAUCUACGCAACAUCACUCCUGGGGGUGGCUCAUACAUGAACGAGGCAACCUACAAUUUUCCCUACUGGAAACAAGAUUAUUACGCCGAGACCUACAAUGAGCUUGCUCAAAUCAAGGCCAAAUACGACCCCCAUUACGUGUUCUGGUCCCAGCCUGCUGCUGGAAGUGAUGGAAUGGUGUUGCAUGGUGAUGGGCAUCUCUGCAAAGCCUAA